UUGUAAAUUUGAAAACUUAGAAUGAUUGAUCCGGCAUUAAUUUAUUGUUCCGUUUGUUAUCGAUCAAAAUUGGAACCGGAUAAUCAAAACUUAUCCUAUUAUGUAAGUGCAUGUGCACGAAUUUUAUGUAAUGAUUGUCACCAACAGCAAUUAUUACAAAAUAUCGCCUGUACCAAAUGUUCACGAUCAAAUUGCCAAAAAGAACUAAUUUCCGAUCAAUUAAUUCCAAAUGUUCGGGCAAUUUUCACACCAAACGUAAAUGAACAUUGUCAACAUAAACAAAUUGUUCAAUUUCAACAAACGCAACUCAAAUCGUUUGAACAAUAUCUUCGUCAACAAUUUAUGGAAUUUAGCCGACAAUGGAAUAAUGGUGGACAAAGUAUUGGUCAAUUGAAAGCAAUCGAAGACGAACGAAUAAAACGAUCGAUAGAAUUACAAAAUACCAUCAAUGUUUGCUACCAAAAACGGCAAAAACAACAACAGUUUAGCCAGGUGAGCAAUAAUUAUUACCGGAAUCAUGAAGAAUCGCAGGCAUUGAAGACCCGUCAUCAUCAUCAUCAUCCUACCAAUCAGAAUCAUCAUCAUCAACCGAACAUUUUCGAAACAUCAUUGUUACAAACAUCUUCAUCGAAUUCGAUACCAAUGAAUCGAGCCUUGAAUAUAUCAAGAUCAUCAUCAUCAACAAAUAAGCUCUAUUCCAUGAAGACAGGAACAAAAUCAGGAAUUUCAAGGUUACCAUCAUUAACAUCGCAUAUGCCUAAUCUAAGUGUAGAUCUGAAAUCAAAUUCCAUUCACGAUCGAUUAUAUCGAAAGACAUCACCAUCCAUUUACUCAGCAAUGACUGCAGUGUUUCGUGAUAAAAUGAAUCCAUAUGCAGCUUCUAGACUAUCGAAGCAAUCAUACAGGUGGCCUGAACGCCGAACAUUCGGCAAUAAUAUACAGUCGUUAGCUCAUAUUAAGAAAAAAUAA